UCUGUAUAAUUUGACCGUGCACCCUUACACAAGUGCACUCUCGAAUAUUUAAUGCACGUAAUCAAUGAGACCCUGAAGCGUUUCUUGCGUUCCCCGAGAGUACCAUUUCUCUAGUCGUUCCUGUAGUCCGUAGGUUGCCGUCCGCGCGACUAAAGCGCGCUAUUUCAUUACUUUUUCCUAUAAUCCAGUUUCCGCUUUGUCAAUCGCCGGAAGGAAAUGUUCUCUCGUCUGAAGAGUGUAUUUCAAUGUACGGCGAUCAAGCAAAAUUUUCGGAUUCCAGGCUUGGAGAAACAGGAAAACUCCUCCAUAGGGGAUGGAAGCGUUGGGGAACUGGAAGACAGGGACCCCAAUAAUUUAAAUCGCCACCUUCAGACGAUGUGGAGUGACAUAAUCGGAGAACCGGAAAGCAUCAGAAGUCCGGAAUGCGCUUGGAGAUUAAGCAGCCAUUGCUUCCGAUUGUCGAGGGGAUGCUGUUACGUAUUUCUCUCGGUUCUGGUGGCACCCGUGGCUGCCCUUUGCCUUGGAGUCACCUUUGCCUGCCUGGCAUUUCAGCAAAUUUGGUGCGUCGCUCCCUGUCUUAGAGUAUGGAAAAUAACGUGUGCUGCGACGAGGGACUUUUUCUCGGCGUUUACCCAAGCUCUGGUGCGGCCCUGUGCCGAUUCCAUUGGGUAUUUGUUCAAUAAUAUACGAGUUUCCAAUCAGAGGCUGCCCGAUGGACCUGACCGUAAAGAUGACAUUCUCAUGUUGUAAUAAAAAAAAAAUAUAUAUAAACCGUCUUCGAUCUACUUACAAAUUUUAAGAAACGAUGCUAUAGUUUCGACGUUCACUUGUACUUUCAUAGCACCUUAUAUUUUGUCAUUCAAGUGACAGAUAUACCGUAUCGUUUAAGGUAUUAAUGUAUUUAAGCAAAUGUGUAUAUAUGUAUAAAACUCAACGUUAAGAAAUCUGUUAAU